CUUUCCCUGGGCAUCGAGACGGACGGAGGAGUCAUGACGCCCCUGAUCAUACGGGACACCAUCAUCCCCACCAAACAGACUCAGACCUUCCUCACCUACACCGACCACCAGCCCGGAGUCCUGAUCCGUGUCUUUGAAGGAGAGAGAGCCAUGACCAAGGACAACAUCCUGCUAGGCAGGUUGGAGCUGUCGGGGAUCCCGCCCGCUCUGGGAUUAGUACAUCGGCUCGUGGUGACCUUCGACAUCGACGCAGACGGCAUUCUGAACGUGUCUGCUGUGGACAAGAGCACGGGAAAACAAAUCACCAUCACCAACAAGGGCCGCCUGAGCAAGGAAGACAUUGAGAGGAUGGUGCAGGAAGCAGACCAAUGCAAAGAGGAAGAUGAGGAACAGAAGGAUAAUAUAGCGGCCAAGAACACCCUGCUAUACUACGCCUUCAACAUGAAGAGCAGCCUGCGGGAGGACAACCUGAAGGACAGAGUGAGUGAGGAGGACAGGAAGAAGGUGGAGGAGAAGUGUGAGCAGACCAUCCUCUGGCUGGAGAAAAACCAGCUAGCGGGGAAAGAGGAGUACCAACACCAGCUGAAGGAGUUGGAGAAGCUGUCUAUAUCCCUCAUCCCCGUGAUGAUAAACUUUGCACUUUUGAAUCUUCGAUCCCUCUCUGAUGAUACAAUCCCUGAUUUGAAACAUCUGAUUUCUGAAAAUAAUAUUAGCUUUAUGUUUUUAACUGAAACCUGGCUUAAAGACAGCUGGAACGCCCCGUUCUUCUUCGUCGAUCUAGUAGUAUGGGCAGCAUAA